AGCGGCGACAAGCUCAGAAUUGACGAAGGAGAAUUGAGCAAAUUGUCUCUUUUUCUGUCCACCUUCCUGGACGGUAACGAUCAACAAGGUCUCGGCUCUCCACACGCACUUAUCGAGCGACUUGCGGCCGCCCUGAUUGCCGUCAAUAAGCGGGGAAACAGAGCUGGUGAUUUGGAUCAGGGUUUCCCGGCAGAUGAGGUCCUCUCCUGCGCGCCGGUGAGGAGCAGCACCGACCCUCAGCUUCAUCCAGCAGUUUGUGCUCGUUGGUGUUGAUGCGGAGGUGAUGGACGGUUCUCUCUGCCGCCCAGCGGGGAUCCUCGGCUCCCCCCCAGCUUCUGGGAGCCAGCCCGCGGAUUCAGACAUGCUCACCUCCGGCGGCAGCAGCAGCAAGCCUCUCGCGUUCUCCAUCGACCGGAUUAUGGCCAGGACACCCGAGCCCAAGUCGAUACCGCUCCCUACUUGGUUCCAGUCCGCUCCCGUGGGAAAACACGACGUCUGUCCGUCCUCGCUACAUUGUAUGAUCCCGCUCGUGCCGAUUGGAUAUGAGCCGGGCCACCGGCUCAGCAUAACUGGGCUGGAUCCGGGCAACUUAGACACCUCUUCCCUCCCGGCUCCAGCAGACUUUUUCGGCUUUGGGUUGAACUAUUCCAGCCAGCAGGAUGACUCCGCUGUGGGCCAAACUGCUGGCCAAUACAAACUCUUCAGACCCCGGGUGGUGAACCAGUCCUCCCUUCCCACCAUGAGUACCGUGUGCUACCUGAACUGCAGCGGGGACAGCGGCGCUUGUCACCAGCCAGCCGGCCUGGUCAACCUGCACCCGAUGGCCUCUUACCUGCUCAGCGCGCGGCACAAAGCCCUCAUGGCGGAGAAAAGCAAGUCUGGGCUGCCGCAGGCCGGGGAGCGGUACGCAGUGUCUGGUGUGCAGGCCUUCAAAGAACUUUCUCAGAGUCAAAUUCAGCACUACAUGAAGGAGAGAGACCAGAUCCUUACGGAUAAGAUCUUUAAAGGCUCCGCGGCGGCUGUGGCGGCUGCUGCCCGGCUCAACGGCUCCUGUCCCGGCAGCAAGCCCAAAGUGUUCACCUGUGAGGUCUGCGGCAAGGUGUUCAACGCGCACUACAAUCUGACCCGACACAUGCCGGUGCACACCGGCGCGCGGCCUUUUGUGUGCAAAGUUUGUGGGAAAGGCUUCCGACAGGCCAGCACGCUGUGCAGACACAAAAUCAUCCACACUCAGGAAAAACCUCACAAGUGUAACCAGUGCGGGAAAGCCUUCAACCGCAGUUCCACCCUCAACACGCACACGCGCAUCCACGCGGGAUACAAACCGUUUGUGUGCGAGUUUUGUGGGAAAGGCUUCCACCAGAAAGGAAACUACAAGAACCACAAGCUGACGCACAGCGGGGAGAAGCAGUUCAAAUGUUCCAUCUGCAGCAAGGCUUUCCACCAGGUGUACAACCUCACCUUCCAUAUGCACACACACAACGACAAGAAGCCCUUCACCUGCCCCACCUGUGGGAAGGGCUUCUGCAGGAACUUUGACCUGAAGAAACAUGUGAGGAAGCUGCACGACCCCAGCGGAGCACAGUCCCCCCCGCAGCCCUGAAGGACCUGUUCGAGGACUCUGUCGCCUUCAUCCCAGUUCACCCAAAAAAGAGAAAAAAAUCUUGCAGCCCUCCUCAUCUCUCCACGAACUGGACUCCAGUCCUCAGAGUGUCUCGGGGCAUCAGGGAGGAAAUUUUUUAUUUGAUUUUGUGCACUUUUAUCGCUCACACAAGCUGACUACUGAGUUCUUUAUUCAUUGGCACCAUAAAAUAACAAACACUUGAAAACUGACAUAUGUCGUGUAUUUGUUCCCUCAGUGGUCAUUCACAUAUCCUUCAAGCUGUUUAAAUCAGGUAAAUUUCCACACAGAAAAAAACUUGAUACCCAGAAAAUGUAUUGUUGCCUCAAGCAAGUAUUUUUUAUCCUCUAAUUACUCAGUGAUGACAAAAUCAACAUCUUUCUCUUGCACAGUUAAGAAGUUUGCCAAAUCUUUAAGUUUGACCAUUUUUAUGAUAAAGCGUGCACAAAACCUUUCGCUGCACAUCCCUUGUUUCCUCAGUGUUGUGCUUUUCUUACUUAAAAAAUAAUAAAAAAAGGGAAAAGUGGUUUAAGUUUCCUUGAAUCAGUUGUUAUCCUAAUAACUCUAGGCGGGAUCUAAAGAAAUGUUUCCCCUCAAUGCUCCAACCUGGAGGAAACACAGAGGGAAGCCCCGAAUUCAGCUUCUCCGGUUGCUUCUUGAUCCCAAACUUGAUCCCUCUCUUGGGCAAAAAGCAGCCAUCAGGACACUUCCUAACCCUUUCAGUAAAUCUAAUACGGUGUGACCCUGACCUCUGGUCCCCUCUGGCCCUGAAUCUGGCCCCAGCUCUGGUCUGGACACUUGCCCUGACUGGACCACAGACUUCUGUCUUUUCCAGCUCAUGCUGGACCCAGAACAACCGACGGCCCUUUGAUUAUUAGUCACUUAUUGUGCCAUAAAGAUGACUAAAACAUCAUUAGACUUGACUGAUUAUUUAUUCUUCAGACUGAUCUCAGGAUGUGAGACUGAUGAAGACAAAUGAUGAGACAACAGUGAGACACAUAAACUUGUGUGAAGUCAGAUUUUAUUGUAUGUUGUUAAAAAAAUAAACAUAAUUUGUACCAACACCUCAAAGGAAAAUCUUGGUUAUAGUUUUUUUUCCUUAAUGUCAACAAGUUACAUACAAAUAAACUCACAUGAUGGACA